AUGCCUAACAAGCCGGAUAAAUUUGGAAUCAAAUUUUGGUUAGCAUCGGACGUCGAUAGCAAAUACGUCAUAAAUGCACUUCCAUAUCUUGGAAAGGAUGAAUAUAGGCCCUCUUCAGUGCCACUCUCUGAAUAUGUUGUACUCAAACUCAUUGAGCCAUUUACGGGUUGCGGAAGAACUGUGACCACAGACAACUUCUUCACAAGCAAAUCCCUAGCAACACAACUCCUUGCCAAAAAAACUACGUUAGUUGGAACUAUUCGGUCAACUAGAAGAGAAUUACCACUAAUUGCGAAGCAAAAGAAAGAUGAUAUGGAACGAUUUUCAUCGAAAAUUUUUACAACAGAUAAUUGUACUCUUACAAUCUAUAAAAGUAAGCCAACAAAAAAAGUACUUUUACUUAGUUCUAAACAUAAAUUCGUUAAAGUAGAAAACAAUGAUAAACGUUUACCUGAAACUGUUUCAUAUUACAAUAAAACCAAAUUUGGUGUAGACAUGACCGAUCAAAUGGCGAGGAAAUUUACUGCAAAAUCCAAGUCCUGCAGAUGGCCUCUCCAAGUUUUUUUCAAUAUCCUUGAUUUCGCUGGCAUAAAUGCCUGA